AUGGGAAUAUGGCAUAAAGAGUGUCCUCGUACAGUUAUAUGGGUAGCAAAUAGAGAAGUUCCUCUAUCCAAUACUUUUGGGGCUCUGGAUAUUAGCAGCGAAGGGAUACUUGUCCUUUUGGGAGUCCUGAAUAUCACAAGCGAAGGGAUACUUAUCAUAUACAGUAGCACCAACGAUAUUGUUUGGUCGUCGAAUUUGUCAAGAACUGCAGAGAAUGCAGUCGCAGAGCUCUUGGAGUCAGGAAAUCUUGUUGUAAGAGAAGAAAAUGAUAGCAAACCUGCCAACUUUCUGUGGCAGAGUUUUGACUAUCCUAGUGACACCUUGCUGCCAGGAAUGAAACUGGGAAUCAACUUUGUAACUCGGCUUGAAAGCUUUCUGUCAUCCUGGAAGAGCUCAGAAGAUCCUGCUCGAGGUGAAUUUUCUUUCCUUCUAGAUCCUAACGGGUAUCCGCAGCUUGUCUUGAAGAAGGGGAAUAAAACACAAGUUAGAAUUGGGUCAUGGAAUGGCUUACGUUUUGCUGCCGAAAUAAUUCCGAAACCUGAUUCAAUUUCAACAGAUGAUUUUGUGCUCAACGAAAAGGAGGGAUAUUUCGUUUUUGGGAGCAAAAGCUUAGGUUUUCCGAGGCUUAAACUAACUCCAUGGGGUAUUCCACAGCGCUCAAUAUGGAAUGAUCGAACACAUAAAUGGGACUUUGUUGAAAUUGCCCAGCUUGAUAUAUGUGCACAGUAUUCUAUUUGCGGUCCGAAUGCUUUCUGCCAGUUCAAUGAUUCUCCUAUAUGUGCAUGCCUGGAUGGAUUCAUGCCCAAGUCUCCACGCGAUUGGAAGUUAUCAAAUUGGUCAGGUGGGUGUGCUCGAAGGACUCCUUGCAGUGACAAAGAUCGCUUUCAAAAUUAUUCACGGAUGAAAUUGCCUGACACAUCUUCUUCCUGGUAUAAUAAAAGCACUGGUCUCGGGGAAUGUAAGGGAAUAUGUUUGAAGAACUGCUCCUGCACUGCAUAUGCAAAUUUAGAUAUCAGAGGAGGUGGAAGUGGCUGCCUGAUUUGGUUUGGUAGCCUCAUUGAUACAAGUAGGUCAAAUGGGGAUGGACAAGACCUUUAUGUCAGGAUUGCGGUUUCAGAAUUAG